AUGGACUUUAUUAAUGAUGGCAAGCCUGUACAUAACACUUUGGCUAGUAAGCCCUCGAGCCCGGACCUUGAGCCUGCGCGACUACCCAUCUCCGAGCCAGAAAUCAUCGAGAGCGCUUCUACUGGGAAGAGCACCGAAUCCGAGAUUCGUGAGCCUCAACCUAUCCAACCUAUGACAGCUGAGGUUGAGAUCACCGAGCAUGAGACUGAAGUUCGGGACACUUCAUUCUUUCACACCGAGGCUUCAUCUAUCAUGUGUGAUCCUCAACAUGCAACUACGGAGCCUACUAUUCCUGAAUCUACUAUGGCUCCUGCUAUCGAUGCUGAGUCUGUCACAGACCAGCCUCUUAGUGAGCCCCUAACAACCGAGGACACUAUGGACAACCCUACUGCCACCCAACCUGCUCUUCAAGGUGUCACUAUCCCUCAGAUCUUCGUGACGGAACCUACCACCUGUGAGUCCGGCUUAGCUGAGGCUCGGAUUUGUGACUUUGAGUUCUCCGAUAGUGACGACGAGUAUGAAUUUUACGAGAAAUUCGAUGAGGAUGUUGAUGAGUUCCGAACCACCUACCUUACCCCUGAGCCUUAUAUCACCAAGGCCAUGGCCGCUCAAGCUGAAAGCAUGGAAAUCGAGAAUGCCGAAUCGGAAGUCGCGGCCGCUCAGGUUGAAGGUACUGAAAUCGCGAGUGUCGAAUUGGAAGUCGCAGGUAUUGCCACUGUCCCCGAAACCCAGGCAAUUGUUCUCGGCGACGACUCUGUAUCCACAGAAACUAGCGAGAGCGUUUCCAGCCAGAAUGAAAAGCCUAUGAUUUCCUUCGACGAGGGCGGAGAUCUCUACCUGAAGGUGGGACAAAAUCCAGGUCGGAUUAUGCUCGUCGAUUCUCGAGCCCUCAGCCGCGUAUCUCCCAGACUCAAGGAGAUAAUUUCCCUCAACCAGAAAGCCAUCAACGAUAGUGACUGGACUAUCGAGUUGCCGGAUGACGAUGCCGACCCCUUUGCCCUCCUUCUAAACCUCAUUCAUACACGUUUCGAGAAAGUGCCUUCAAAAGUAUCACUCAAGAAGCUGUAUGGCGUCUGCAUCCUCACCAAAAAGUACGAAAUGACACAGGUCCUGCGACCUGUGGCUGAGCGCUGGUUCAAGGCCGUGGGUACCAGCACUGAAGACUACGGGCUCUUUUUUAAAAAGGCAUUCAUCGCUUGGGAAUUGGGUUUCGCUGAGGAGCUGAGUGACAUGGUCGGCCAUGUUGUACUCAAUUGCUCUUUGGAUGCAGACGAUCAACUCGUCAUCGGAGAGAACAAGGAGAGACUUUCCGACUUUGAAGGUUUCCAACGAGUUCCUAUUCUUGACUGUAUUACAGAACACCGCGAACUCGUACUAGAAACUUGCUGGUAUAAGAGCCAGAAGCUUGGCGAACAGGUCCUUUAUAGCUCUGUCAAGGGACACAUAUGCGGUACUAGCCACAGCCGAGAGGAAAUGUGUCUGAUGCUGGGCAAGAUGCUAAGCAAGGCUGGUGAAGAAGGAAUACUCGACCUUUUCAGUUUUGGGGGCAGUUUCGACGUAUUCCGGACCUCUGAUCUGGACUUGAAGACUCUUGAGCACAAGAUUAGUCUCGUGGCUGAUUAUAUCGACUUGUGUGGAUGGUGCGCUGGAGUAGUAGAGAUGGUGGAUGAGAUUAGACAGCAGCUUCGAAAAGCCGCCGAUCCACUCUACUUGAGCCAUCUUCGGGCUUUGGGAAUCCAAGCCGCCAAGGUCAAAAUGAUGCCUUGGGUCUCGGAUGAAGACGACGACGAAUGA